UUGGCGCUGCCACGUUUAGGCCGCGGGUGCCGGCCGUGGCGCUGGCUGUGGAGGGCGAGGAGGUGGGGCUGGCUCUGAAGCCGGAUCCGGAUCCGGUACGGUGUACUCCGGCGGGUGAGACUCCGCUGCGCCUGGAGAGGAUCGCAGACUCCGGGGCCUCCACGGAUCUAACUGGAAAGAUGAAACCUGAUGAAACACCAAUGUUUGACCCUAGUCUUCUCAAAGAAGUGGACUGGAGUCAGAAUACAGCUACAUUUUCUCCAGCCAUUUCUCCAACACAUCCUGGAGAAGGUUUGGUUUUGAGGCCUCUUUGUACUGCUGACUUAAACAGAGGCUUUUUUAAGGUCCUGGGUCAGCUGACAGAGACUGGAGCCAUCAACCCUGAACAAUUUAUGAAAUCUUUUGAACAUAUGAAGAAAUCUGGGGAUUAUUACGUUACAGUUGUAGAAGAUGUGACUCUAGGACAGAUUGUUGCUACAGCAACUCUGAUAAUAGAACAUAAAUUCAUCCAUUCCUGUGCUAAGAGAGGAAGAGUAGAAGAUGUUGUCGUUAGUGAUGAAUGCAGAGGAAAGCAGCUCGGCAAAUUGUUAUUAUCAACCCUUACUUUGCUAAGCAAAAAACUAAACUGCUAUAAGAUUACCCUUGAAUGUCUACCACAAAAUGUUGGUUUCUAUAAAAAGUUUGGAUAUACAGUAUCUGAAGAAAACUACAUGUGUCGGAGAUUUCUGAAGUAAAAAAGUCUCUUAAGAAAAGAAUACUACUACAAGGCUGUACUCUUCAGAGAGAAAAUAUUGUUGCUGCAACCCAGUGACCUCCAUAAAUACUGGACUGAAAAAAAAUCCCAAUAGAAGUAUAAUGACAUUUAGAAGAUUACUUUGGGCUGGUGGGGCAUACUGAGUUUAGCUUACAAAUGAAUAUUAUAAAGGGGAUGAUUUUUAACCAAAGGAAUAUAUUUUUAACUUGAAUCUUUUCUUGCAUUGUAUUUUUCUAAAGUUUGGCUUUGUUUCUCUUGGUAGUCAAUAAGGUAGUAAGGUGUUAAAUGUCUGCUAUCUAUACUGCUCUUUUUUUAAAAAGCAUACACCAGGGCUGGCCGGCCUUGUUGACUGGGUUAAGCCACUGCUCAUGAUGCCAGCAUCCCAUUUGGAGCACUAAUCUGAAUGUCCUGGAUGCUCUACUUCCAAUCCAGUUUCCCGCUGAUGUGCCUAGAAAGAUGUCUUAAGUACCUGGGCCCCUGCCACACAUGUGGGAGAGCAGGAUGGAGAGCCUGACUCCUGACUUUGGCCUGGCCCAGCUCCUGCUGUUGAGGCCAUUUGGGGAGUGAGGCAGUGAAUAGAAGAAAUCUCUCCCUCUCUCUGCCUGUCAAAUCUUUAAAAAGUUCAGACUGCAAUUAAAAACAAAUUUAUAUGUAUAUAAAGCAUUUACUGAAUAAGGAUGUUUCUUAUUAGUCAUAAUUUUUUUUGUUUCAAAGAAACAUCUUAGUUAUAUCAUUUCCCACAUAUUAAUUACCUGAAGUUGGAUAAAUUAAUUAUAACUAUAGUAUAUCUAACAUUUGUUGAUCCUAAUACAAACAACCUGGUCAGCCUUUUAAAAUAGAAAAAUUUAAAUGUAAAGAUUCUGUAUAGACAAAGUACCAUCUCUUCUCUGUGAAAUAUAAUUAUUAAAGAUAAUUCAUAAUAUAGUGGGAUAUCUAAGGUACAGUGACUUAGCAAAGCUUGGAGUAUUUCUAACCUGAUUAUCUUGUCAUGAGUAAUCUGAAGCCUCUCUUCCAAGUACUACUUUUAUGAAAAAUAUUACAAAAUUGAGUGGAAUACUUAAAUGUAUAGCACUGCAUUUGUCACAUCCUUAAAUUGCUGGUGGAUCUUUUUCCAUUUAAUGCAAUUAUAAUGGUACUGUUAUUCUCAUUAUCCUGUUUUAUUUAUUUUAAUUAUUUCUUGAAUUUGAUACUUUAUUAAUGGUUCUUAUCUUUUGCAUUCCAUGUCACAUUAAAUUGGUUAAUACGAUG